GUGUUGGCCUAACUCAGAAUUCCAUGGCAGUUGGAAGCCGCGGUGGGGAUUCAAUGGCUUCGGUCACCGAGUCUGACUCUAGGAUCUUGAGCUUCCAGAAUUCUAAUGUUCCCACCUACAGAGUGAGGAGGAUCUGUUGGGGGUAGAUGGGGAAAGAAUCUUCUUGAGGUGGGCUGGUGGUUUAGAGGUUGGGGAGAAGAUAGUCAGGCAAAGAAUAGCUACUCCAAAGCCAGUGCAACCCAUCCGAAUACACCAACUGCUUUGCAUGACAAGGCAGAAACAGCAGUUCCUGGACCAAUCCAGAUUGUACUCCCGCAUCUUCUGCAUCAGCCUGUGUGGAAUUAGCUUCCUCUUAAUGCUUUGUAUCUCUCCUCUCCCCUGGAUACAUUUAGUAGAGCUGAAGAAUAGUUUCCAUGAGCUCCAUGUAGGACUCUGGACAUUAUGCAAUCACACUAUAUGCUGGGACCACACACCCCACUCGCCCUACAACUUCCAAAUCCCCAGGAUCUUAUAUCUCAUCUCUGCCAUCAUCAGCAUCAUUACUGUCACCUGGCUCUGCAUCUCCAUCUACAAAUCUAUGGAAAGUAUCUAUUUGGAUCUGGGUGCAGCUAUCGCCAUCUUCAUCUCUGGCACCUGCCUCCUCUUCAGUCUCAUUAUGUUCCUGAUACACACUAAACGGAACACUAGGCAUUCAAUGGCGACACAAUAUCUAUGGACCUAUUACCUCACUUGGGGGAGUAACUUCUUCUACCUGCUGGCUGGGCUCAUCUCUUUGUUCAACUAUGUCAGGUCACGCUCUCCUACACCUGGGCCACACCUCACUGUGUUUCCCCUAACGAGAUCCAGAGUGAAUUCUAUGACAUCCAUGGAACUAGAUAUAUCGGAGACAAAAUCACCAUACCCUGUUUCAUCUAAGGGGUUGAAGUCAAUGAAAUAUUCGUCAUCAUUAGGAUCAGGUUCAAGACCAAGACUGGGAUUAGUGACACUGUCAAGGAAAGGGUCAACAGCAUUUGGAAGAUCAUCAAUAGAUCCAGGCAAAGGAAUUGUCCCAAGGGUGAGGGAAAAAAUGAGCAUGGGAGAAUCCAGCUCCAGUAACAAUUAGAAACAAAAGAAAGGAGUCAAUCACAAGUGAAGAAAAAAAGAAAUCUCAGUUUGGAGGACAGGUCCGGCUCUUCAUAAUUGAGGAUGGGCUAUGAGUGAUAUGUAUAUCAGAAGUAAUUCUAAAUUCAUCUUAGAAUGACUCUGGUAAGCCCUUUCCCCAAACUACAUAUUAUUUCUUGUAUUACUCCAAAAACAUCAAUUUACCAAUGACAGAGAAAGUUAUAAAAAAAAUUCAUUAAAAGAAAAGUUUCCUAAAAGAAAA